UUUGGAUCGUACUGUUAAAAAACUUGCAAGUUCGGAUUUGCGCUUGCGAACAAAAACACAACCCCUUCGUUUCGUUGGAAGGAAAUCAUGGGUGCAGGUCAAGCUCUGAAAAGAAUCCCUCGCAUCAAGUUCCCCCAGAGACAUCCCAAACCUUCUGGUUCUGCACCUGAGAUUCAAGCUUCGUCUUCAACAACUGAUGCCAGUCUAGCGUUCUUUAAAAGUUCAAAUGCCUCAUCCUCAGUUGGAGGGAAGGCCUCUCUUCAACCCAAAAGAACUCCAGUGUCCAAAGAGGAGAUUGAGGCAAUUUUGUUGGGUGGCAGCUUCUAAUCGAGCUUGUCCAAGGGCAGACUAUAUUGUGCACUCAUUUUUUUGGAUCUAAUUCGUCAUUUUCCAAAGUUUAUGGUUCUCUUUUGUUGCCAAGUGUUGGCAUAAACAAUACACCGAGUACAAUUGUCAAUAAUUGAUAUACUCGUUGAAUUUUCCACUUAUGGAAAUCGAAUAUUGACUCUGGACAAAAGAAGUUUCAAGUUAUGUUUC